UGUAGUCUGCAGUAUCUUCCUUCUUCAUCAAAGCAGGAGAGAGAGAGAGGGAGAGAGAGAAAUCAGGUUCACCAAUCAGCUCCAUUGCGUUGCUUGGGAAAGGGAGCUGUUUUGUUCACAAGGGCACGCCUCGACUGAGCCGCUCUCGGACUGGCCGGUGCUUGCGUGGGUGACGCUCUAAUUCCAUUUCCAGGCCUGAGAGAGAAAAGGAAUCGCCUUUGGUGAUUUGCGCCAUCUUAUUUCAUUGCUACUUCGGCUUUGGUGUGGUAUCGCGGGCAAGGAGAUAAAGCAGGCAGAGACAGAAGCAGAGCGCGCAAAAGCAGAGAGCAGGGACGAAGAAAGCAGAACUUCCUUUGAUUUCUUCCUCGGAAGGUCUCCAUUUAACUUGCUCGAAGGGCAAGAAAAGCUGUAAAUUUGCUUCGGAGUAACAGAGGAGGAGAAAAGGGCGGGCACUUUUGCUCUGUUUCUGCACAAAGAAGAGGGCGGUACUCUUUAGUAGAAGUAAAAGAAGACAACGAUGGAAACAGAGUUUAGAAAGAGGGGAGGUGAAUGCCCUCAACUGCUUGAUUUGAUUUCAAUUGAGGAUUGGUUGAAGAGAGAUGCAGGAGGAGGAGGAGGAGCAGGGAAGAGAUUAGGAGCUUCAGAAGACAAGAAGUUAGAGCUGACGCUUGCUCCUCCCGGAGGAGAUGGAUGGCCAGUAGUUGCAGAGGAACUUGAAAGGCCACCUUCUAAUCUCUCUUCGAGCUGCUUCUCAAAAUUCCCCAAAUCUUUUGACAAAAAUACAUUCGUUGGAGCCAAAGUGGGAUUCUUGGGCUCAGCUGAGCUCAAAUCAGAAGUGACAGGAUUUCCUCAGGAGCAACUUGGGCCUUUCCAGCUGCAGGUCAUAGCUGGCUUGGUUAAAGAAUCAUCAUUAGAAGCAAAUGGGGGGAUGGAGCAGAGUCAUGUGACAGGGAUGCAUCCUUCUUCUGAGAAUGGAGUUCUGGUUAAGGGCAGCACUCAGAUAAGAGCAACCUCUGCUCCAGUUGUUGGGUGGCCUCCAAUUCGUUCUUUUCGAAAGAAUAUUUCUAUCACAUCAAACAAACAAUCAAAUGAGUUCAAAAAUGGGGCACAAGAUAAUGGAUUGAAGGUCGAGACUUCGAAGAAGGGUUUGUUUGUCAAGAUUAACAUGGAUGGUAUCCCUAUUGGAAGGAAAGUGGACCUUAAUGCUUAUGACAGCUAUCAGAAGCUCUCCUCAGUAGUGGGAGAACUCUUCAGUGGCCUUCUUGCUGCUCAAAGGGACCCUACAGCUUCUGCUGCUGAGAUCAGUGAAAAUGAAAGAAUGGCCUUCACGGGUCUGCUGGAUGGAAGUGGUGAAUAUACUUUAGUAUAUGAAGACAAUGAAGGAGACAGAAUGAUGGUUGGGGAUGUUCCUUGGAACAUGUUUGUCUCUACUGCAAAAAGGUUGAGGGUGUUGAAGAACUCAGAGCUCUCUGCAUUAUUUCUGGGAGCUGUCAACAGAAAGAGAGCAGCAGAGUCUUGAACUGAUAAAAGAAAGUACUUCGGAUUGUUAUGUUUCUUCUCUAAAUUCUCUGAAAUGCAACAGUGUUUGUUAAGGGUCUUGUUCUCAACUUUGCCUGUAGAGAACAGUUAUUUUCAGCAGCUAAUCUCACAUCUGAAUGUCUUCUUUU